CUUCAUGGCUUUGAGUUGUAUCAUAGCAUUUCUCCAUGGAAAAAAUCAAAAUGAAUUGAAGCAACACGCAUAUGAGAAUAUAGAGUGAAGGAUUGAGAAAAACAGUCUUCUUAUCGUAGUUCAUCUGAAUAACGUAAUAUAUUCAAUAUAAGAUUUGUUUUUUUUUCGAAAAUAACUUAAAAACGGAUAAAGAGAAGAAAUUAUACAUUCUAAAUCAUUCAAAAUUGGGACGAAACGCCACAGAUUUGGAAAUAAUCAAGACAGCAUUUAAAAUAAUAAUACUUUCAUUCCAUUUAAAAUAAUAAGAGAGAAUCGACUAAGAAACAGAGAUUCAGGAUUUAAAGGCAUUAGUGAUAUUUGCUACCAUGUCUUCAGUCAAAGUUGCAGUUAGAGUGCGACCUUUUAAUUCGCGUGAAAUUUCACGAGAGUCAAAAUGUAUCAUCGAUAUGAGCGGAUCAACAACGGCGAUUACGAAUCCCAAGGUCCCACCUGGUACAAGUGACUCUAUAAAACGAUUCAACUUCGAUUAUUCGUAUUGGUCGCAUAAUCAGCCAAGUGAUAGAGAGUUUUCUACCCAAUCGAUGGUGUACACUGAUAUAGGAGAAGAAAUGCUGCAACAUUCUUUUGAUGGAUACAACGUAUGCAUUUUUGCUUAUGGUCAAACAGGGGCAGGUAAAUCUUAUACAAUGAUGGGAAAACAAGAAUCGGAAGGUCAAGAAGGCAUAAUACCCAUGCUUUGUAAAGAUUUAUUUCGACGGAUAAAAGAAACAGCAAGUUCUGAAUUGCAAUAUGCAGUUGAAGUAUCAUACAUGGAAAUUUAUUGCGAGCGUGUUCGAGAUUUGUUGAAUCCUAAAAAUAAAGGCAAUUUAAAAGUUCGUGAACAUCCAGCGUUAGGACCAUAUGUGGAAGAUCUCUCAAAGUUGGCAGUUACAUCCUACGAGGAUAUUCAUGAUUUAAUAGAUGAAGGCAACAAAGCACGCACAGUUGCGGCAACAAAUAUGAAUGAGACCAGUUCUAGAUCCCACGCGGUUUUCACAAUUUUUUUCACUCAACGACGCCAUGACAAAAUGACUGACUUGGACAGUGAAAAAGUUUCAAAAAUAAGUUUGGUUGAUUUAGCUGGAUCAGAACGUGCUGAUUCAACUGGAGCUAAAGGGACUCGCUUGAAAGAAGGGGCCAAUAUUAAUAAAAGCCUCACCACUCUCGGAAAAGUCAUUUCAGCAUUAGCAGAAAUUGUGAGUAUACAAAUACACAUUUGUCGUCAUAUAAAUUCAAGUGAACAGUAGAGAGGAAAGCUUUGUAAACAGAAACUGACAUUUGGAUUGAAAAAUAUGUGUAGCCGAGAGUAAAAAUGGCAAUACAGAACCGGAGCGCAACAUGAAAUUUGUUUCUCAAAAAAGUAACAACGAAAUGUUAUCUGCAACAAAGUCCCACAACUUUGCUGAAUACACUAACUUAUUACCUCUUAUCAAUUACGCAGAAAAAACCAAAAGCGAAAAUCAAA